AUGCUUUCAGGGGUGUCCGGGGCUUUCCGCUUUAGGAAAACAACCCUUUCAGUGGCGCUGGCGCUAGUGUACGCGGCGUGCAUGGCGAUGGAGGCGUGGAGCAGGGGCAAUGCGCUAGGCGUGCCGUCGCCGGAGCCCGAGGCGCUCCGGGAGUCGUGGACGGACUUGGAGCGCAUAGCGCGGCACCCGCACCCAUACACGAGCCGGGAGAACGACGUGGUUCGGGGCUAUCUCUUGCGGCAGGUGGCGGCAGCAUGCGCGGGCAAGGAGUACUGCACGUACGGGACGGAGGCGCCGGGCGCAGGGCAGCAGCCACGGCCGGUGAUGUUCAAGCAGGGGGACACGUUCAACGAGUCGAGCACGGAGCACCGGGUGGUGUACUUUGAGCCGGCGAACGUGCUCGUGAAGGUGGAGGGCACGGAUGCGCGGCUGAAGGGCGACGGGCUUUUGAUCUCGGCGCACUACGACUCGGUGCCCGCCGGGUACGGCGUGACGGACGAUGGCAUGGGCGUGGUGACGAUGCUUGCCCUUUUGAGGAAAUACACGCGUGACCCCUCGUCGCGGCCCAGAAGAACCCUUCUUUUCAAUUUUAACGACGACGAGGAGUUCGGGCUAAUGGGCUCGGAGUCGUUUGCCCGGCACCCGUGGUUCCGCGAGGCGGGGUACUUUGUGAACAUCGACGGGGCGGGGUCCGGCGGCCGCGCGUUGCUCCUCCGGGCGACCGACUACGAGGUGGCCCGGCUGUACGCGGGGGCAAAGAACCCGUUGGCCAGCUCAUUGCUCCAGCAGGGUUUCCAGGACGGCGUCAUUCACUCCCAGACGGACUACUACGUGUACCAGGCGAACGGGUUGCGGGGUAUCGACAUUUGUUUCUACGAGCCCCGGGCUUUGUACCACACCAUUCACGAUAGUAUCCAGUAUGCUUCGAAGGGUUCACUUUGGCAGCUUCUUACUUCUGUGACUGGGUAUGUUGAACAGAUGGAGGCAUUUGGGGGUGGAAAUAAAGCUGAUAACGUUAUUUCUAAUAAAGCUGAUAACGCUAUUUCUAAUAAAGCUGCUGAAGCUAUUUCUAAUAACGCUAUUUCUAGCAUCCCUUCCUCCCAAAAUAUCGUCCAAUCGCAUGAUUCAAGCUCCAAGAUCGACUCCCACGACCCCCACUUCUCCAUCUCAAACAACUUCGUCGUCCCAGACCUCUCGUCUGCGGUCUAUUUCGACUUCCUAAGCAAGUUCUUCUUCUGCAUCUCUACCGAAUCACUCGUCAACCUCAACAUCGGUCUUCUCGUGGUCGUUCCGCUCGUUCUGGGUGCCCUUCUCCUUAUCGCACACCGGAAAAACACCUGGCACGUGCAGGCAAGAGGCUGGAUCCGGGUUCCCGCCAGCUUGCUCUUCUCAACCCUCGUCACGUGGCUUUUCGCAAAGCACUGCCUUCUCGCCGAGAUACCAGGCAGAGCUCCUCUUUACGACAGCUACAGAUCUGCCUGGCUGGCCUUGACGUGCCUCAACAUCUUCUUCAACUACGUUUCGCUCACUUUUGCGUCGUGGUUGCGGCCUGUGCACGACCAAAAGCUCAUUGGUCUACUUGAGCUCACUCUCGGGGGCUGGAUUGUCUUGGUCUGGGCCACAGUGCAGGAAAGCCGUUAUGCCAAGACCGGUCUCUUUCUCACCACUGUGCUGUUUGCGUGCUUUUCCGCUGGUUCUUUUGUUGGUGUUGUGGGCUUUGUGCUCAAGAGGGGACCGGGAAGCGUGCGGUUGCCGGCCACUCCACCGGAACAGCCGCAGGAACAGCCGCUGGAUUCCGCCGACUCGGCCACCCCCGACCUGUCCCCCGAGAACAGCUCCCCGGAGCUCUCGGACGUCUCCCCCGAGCCGAUCGACGCGUCGGCCGACCUCGCCCUUUCUCCGCCUCCAUCCUGCUCCAAGAGCUUUGAUUGGCUCAUCCAGUUCCUUGUCGUGGUCCCUCCCCUCGUGUUCUUCAUCUAUGCAGUCGGCGACUUGGCACUGGACAGCAUGCAUCAGGCUGGAGUUGAUGGUGUGUCUGGAGAACGUGCAGCGAGAAAAUUCGCAGUUGCAUCUUCAAUCGGCCUCGGGCUCCCGGUUUUGCCGUUUUUGCACAAGUUGAACGCCCCGGCAGCCUCGAUUCUCGGCCUAACGGCAGUCCUGGCCUCCGUUUACACGAUUUUGGCACCCACGCACAGCAAUACGAACCCGCUAAAGGUCAAAUUCGUCCAGUCGAUCGACCUCCCGGCCGUCUCUGCCAACUCGUCUCUCGAUAUUGGCUCCGCAGACCACGUGGAGGCCUACGGAACGCUCCGUGCACGGCCCGGAUUCAUCAGCGGCAUUCUAUCCGAGCUUCCGAGCCUCCAGGACAACACGACAGACAUGGAUGUGCGUUUUGUCGAGGACCCAAAGGAGGGAACCGAAACGGUGACAUACAAGGCCGAAAGACCGUGGCUUUUCGACAGUGAGGCCGAAUCGGGCAACUCCUUCGACAAAUACUUGGACAUCGAGGUGCUCUCAAACUCAGACAGCAAGAAUUCCGGCAGCUACGAGCCACUGAAUGCCGUUUUGAGGAUCCACGCAGCCCAGAACAGGAUGUGCCAGCUUGAUUUUAAUGCUAGUGGCUACAACAGCUUUGCUGACAGAAACAGAACCUCCCCAGUCAAGCUGGUCACAGUGUACAAUUCGUCGUUGCUCGAAUCGGGCACCAAGCCGGGCUUCCGCCAGCCAAUCAGAGCCAAUAUCCCCUCUGGUUACUCGACAGACGACGAGGGAAAUCACUACUACAAGAUUAUGCAGGGAAUAGACAUGGUACUUCUCCACAAGCUCAACUGGACCCAGCCCUACUACCAGGUUGCUCUCCAGUGGCUUCCCUUCAGCCUAGAUGACGACGAUGCCGUUCAAAGCCGCGGCUUGGAUGUCUCGGUGACCUGUUUCUGGGGUGAGUUGCAGUCUGAGGUUCUUGUUGCUGGUGAUAAGCAUAGAAUUGUUCCAGCGUACGACGAGUUGCUUCAUUAUACGCCUAGAAACUUCAUCACCACCAACUUGAAGCCGGGCCUUGUCCAGGUUUCCCGCCGGCAUGACUUGACGACGACGGUCUGUGUGUUCUGA